CAAUCUAUCUCAAACUUCGGCGACGAGCUCAUUGAACUCGGCUGUUGACAGCCCUACCAACAGCAACCGGAAGCCCCCACACGCGGGGACGCCACCAACCCCGAGCCCCGACCCAAGCGACGGACGAGACGAGGCACGGAGGAGCCAGUGAGGAAGCCAGCGCCAUGAGGGGCAGCGAGAUGUUGACCGCGGCGCGGGGCGCCGGGGCGGCCCCGUCCACCCCCUCCUCGGCGGCGGACCUGGCCGGAGCGGGCGGCCCCGGCGCCAUCGGCGGGGGCGGCAACUUCCCCCUCGCCGUCGCCCUUCUCGCCUUCGCCGUCGCCAACGUCAUCAACCUCCUCUCCAUCUGGUUAAAAGAGAAGAGAUGGGAUGCAAGAAAGUUUCUUAGUUCAGCUGGAGUCAUGUCAUCUCUUUCUGCAACUGUGGGGAGUUUGGCCGUGGCAGUUGGUCAACAAGAAGGCGCGCAUAGUUCGGCGUUUGCCCUUGCAUUGGUUUUUGCUGCUGUUGUAAUGUAUGAUGCAUCAGGAGUUAGAUGGCACACAGGUCGCCAAGCUGCGUUAUUAAAUCAAAUAGUUUGUGAUUUCCCACCAGAACAUCCAAUUAUUUCGACCUUUAGGCCACUACGGGAACCUCUUGGAAACAGCCCACUUCAGGUAUUUGCUGGAGCACUUGUUGGUUGUGCUGUUGCAUAUUUCAUGGGAAGAUCUGUAUAAGAAAUAGUGGCCAUUUGCCUUGUACACGAUUUCUACUGAUUUGAUAUAAUGAACCCUUUUAAAAAAUCUCUCAUGUACAUCAUUAUGCAUGAAAAUAUCUUUUCUUGAAUCAAUUGCAAUCGCACCAAUCUUUGCUGGUUACACUUUAAAGUAAACUGUUCAGCAGCUUCUUAAACUUGUAGGGAAGUGCCACUUGGUUCCCUAAGGGCCAAAACUAGAAGUAAUGUGG